CUUGGGUCCCCGCUCCGGGGGGGGUCCGGCCUCCGCCACGCCGUCUAUUGGAACUCCAGUAACCCCAGGUAGCCGGAACAAAUCGGGCUUAGCCAAGCCGGGCCAGCUCGCCUCUGGGACAGGGCGUGCACUCUCCAUUCCCUCCUCUCCAGUCCCCGCCAGGGCCGGACAGCCGCGCGCUAGGGCUCCUUUGUUUGAGCUGGUUGUGGGGGGGAGGGGCGAAGCUCGCCCCCAUCACUGCUAGUACCCCCGCCCAGGUACACCCUGGCCCCCACGUGGGGAGGGGGCGGGAGGAGGUGAAGCCCCAGGGUGAGAUACAGACAUAAGUUCUGGGGGCUGGGGAGGGGGGGCCCCCCAUCUCCUAGAUUUCAGGUCCCGCCCCCUUUGCUAGCCCCUUAAUUCCACGUCCCCCCAACCUCUAGCUGGCCCCAGAGGGUUCGAUGUAUGGAGAAAAAGGAAGGAGAUCUAGGGUGUUCAGACUAUAAUAUUGUGUGUGUGUGUGUGUGUAUGUGAAAGAAUGCGUCGGACUGAGUCUUUUAAGUUUCUUUCUCUGCCUCCUUGUCCAACUUCGUCUGUCUCGAGUUUUCCCUCUCUUCAGUUUAUUCUGUCUCUGUAUUUGUUUCACUGUCUGUCUCUCUUCCUAUACCUCUCCUACCACACCGCUCUAGCCUUUUCAGUCUCUCUGCUCUCUUUGUUUCUCUGGAAGACUCUUCCUUUUCCCUAUCCCUAUAUCUGUCAAUAUCUAGAAUUCCAACAGGUCAACCUCCCUAACCUAAGUUCAAGUAUAUAAGAGCUUGUGGGGGUUAUUUCCCACCUUUUUAAGGUCUAGAGGGCUCCAGAAUAAUUUAAAUGGCCCAGAGGGAAGGGCAAUGGGAGGUCUAGAGUGGGGGUGGGGUACUGCCUUACCAGAUGGAGCCAGACCGACAGGAAGGACAAACAUCCUUGGUGGUAUCUACUGGAUGACACCCCCUCCCCCAUGUCAGUCACUAUCCAAUCUGUCUCUCACUGUUUUUCUGUUUCAGGUCAAGGUCCAAAAGUCUGCCUAUGCCGGUCUCUAUUUUCAUCCCAUCUCUGUCUCUCCAUACUUCAAUCAUUGUGCAGUUUUAGGAAUGUCUUUUUUUCCUUUUCUGUUUCUUGCUCUGCCUUUUUUUUUUCCUUUGUCUGCCAAGGAGGAGCAGCUUGAUGAUUGAUCAGAGAGCCUUUAGACUGUUGCUUCGAGGAGACGCAGCAGUAGAGCUGGGCCUUAACGAUUAUCUGGACAUCUUCUGUCCACAUUAUGAUGGUCCAGGGCCACCUGAGGGCCCUGAGACUUUUGCUCUUUUCAUGGUGGACUUGGAUGGGUAUAAGACAUGCCAAGCUGGGGGCCCAAAAACUUUCAAGCGAUGGGAGUGUGCCCGCCCCUUUGCUCCUUUUGGCCCAGUCCGAUUUUCAGAGAAAAUCCAGCGCUUCACACCUUUCUCAUUGGGUUUUGAAUUCCUGCCAGGGGAAACCUACUACUAUAUAUCUGUCCCAACCCCGGAAAGCUCUGUCCGAUGUCUGAGGCUGCAGGUGUCAGUGUGUUGCAAAGAAACCACUGAGAAGCCGACCACUGCAUCUCCUUUUGUGCUUCCACAAGGAAAUGGGGUCUCCAAGGAGUCCUUGGGUCCAGGUGGGGGCAGCAUGCCCGCAUGGCAAGGAGGCCGGGCCCCAAGUCCCCUCUGCCUCCUCCUCUUGCUGCUGUUGCCACUUCUUCGCCUCCUUCGGGGACUCUGAGCCUGGCCUUGAUCUCACCACACUCUUGGCUGUCACCCCCCAAUCUAGCCUCUCUGUGCAUGCCCCUGACCUGGCUUCAGCCUGGAGGCUCCAGCUGCUGGAAAGGGGGUACAAGGAUCAGUGCUUGGGGGACAGGGAAGUAUUGAAGGGUUGAAAGACUCCCAGGACUAUAAUGCAUUGCUCUUGGUGUGGAGCGUUGCAGGAGUUUUCCUUCUGAUCUUUUGAGGAGAGGAUCAGAGUUAGCUGGGGUUAUUCUUGCAAUUUCUGAGUGCAUGGACCGAUACCUGGACAAAUACUGAGACUGCACCAAUUCUUGGAUUUACACUAAAGUGAACACCAUCACUCCCAACUGCCCGCAACUGGCCAUGGUCCCCUUUCUCUCUUCAGACUGAAUUUUUUUCUGGAAAAUAAACCAAACCUCAAUCCUGGAGAAGGGGGAUGAAAUACCUAGGUCUCCUGGGAGCUUCAAGAUUACUACUAGUCUGGGAGCAAGGUGAUUUCUCCCUCGAUCUGAUCAACCAGCCCACUCAUCCUUCAGGUGCUCCCCAGGACUGUACCUUGUUCUCCAGCUGAGAACUCUUUUGUGUCUUCUGGGAAGACGGACUUGAUAUGAGAUUGAUUUUCAUUUAUUUGUAUUUUUUAUAAGUAUCUGGACUCAACCUUCAAUAAACCACCUCCCCCCUUCUCAUACACCA